AUGUUUAUCCCAAUUUAUACAGAAAAAGACACUGUUUUUGGAACGAUAGAAAUACGAUGUGAAAAUAAAAAAUGUGAACAUAAUGGAAUUAAAAUGGAAUUACUUGGAAUAAUUGAAAAUGAUUCAUCAAAAAUACAAAAAGAAUUUCUAAGAAAUUGUAUUGAUAUUUGUGGAACAAAUACAUUACCAGAAGGAAUAACAACAUAUCCAUUUACAUUUGGAAAAAUAGAAAAGAAAUAUAAUAGUUAUUAUGGAACAAUUGGAAGAAUAAGAUAUAUAAUUAAAUGUACAAUUCAAAGAUUUUCAAAAGUAGUUAAAGAAAUAGAAAUUGGAGUUAUUAAUAAAUCACCUCAUCGAAUUAAAAAAUCAUUUGAAACAACAUUAACAAGACCAAUUUUAAUGCAUUUUGCAGUUGAGUCAAUUACAUAUGAAGUGAAUGACAUUAUUCAUGGAUUAUUAAAAGUUGUUACUUCUAAAAAUUAUUCGUCAGAUAUUUUUACUUCAAUUAAUUUAGAAUUAAUGAAAAAAGAAAUAUUUUCAACUGAAAAAAUAACUAAAGAGUUAUCUAAAAAAAUUAUUGAAAUUGAAGUAUUAAAAGGAGUUCCAGAAAGUGAUGAAAUAAUUCCAUUUAAUUUAAUUUUACCAACUGAAAAAUUAAGUCCUUCAUUUAAAACUAUUGAAGGAUUUUCUCUUCAAUAUUUUUUAAUUAUUAAUGUUCAUUUAAAAGACACUUCUAAUACUAAAACUGAAAUUCCAAUUAACAUUCUUAAAGAAGAACAAACAAAAAUACUUUUUGAUGAAAAAAUGAAUGGAAUGUUAGAAUGGUUAGAUGAAAUGGAUAAAUUUGAAGAAAUUAUACCUCAAGACUUUGGAGAAACACCAUUAAUUAAACAAUCAAAUAAUGUAUUUAAAAAUGUUGAAGAAAUUGACUCAAUUAAUGAUUUAAAAGAGGCAGAAGAAAAAUUAAAAACAGAUGCUUGUUUAAUAAAAAAAGUAGAAUUUGAUUGGUAA